AGCCUCUUCCAUAUGGAGGGACCGGGUGCGCCGGGCGCGGCGUCCCCUGCCUUGUCCUCCUGCUGCCGCCGCCGCCGCGGCCCCCGCUUCCUGCCGCGGGGACCUUGAGCCCCGGCCCGCCGGUGUCAGCCGCCCGCGCGCACACGCACACUCACACACACACACACACACGUCGCACACACACUCACGCCUGCCGCAGCCCCACGCGCCCUCCCUCCCCGGCCGGCACCUUCUCGGUCCCGGGCUCCUUUGUUGCUCCCGCUGCGGCCACUCUCCCUUUUUGUGUGUCCCUGGUGUCACCGUGCGGGUUGUGAGUCCGUGCGGCGCGCUGCUGUGUGGCUCUCUCCGCGCCCACCACGCUGGUCCACGGCCCCCGGCUCGCCCUGCCCAGGAGCCGCUGCACCAGAGAGCGUUGCAGGGGAUCCCAGUACCUCUUUGAGUGACUCCGGGGGCUUAUGGGCCGUUGGCAUUGGACCCUUUGUGACACACCGUGCCGCGUGGGACGAUGACAACCCCGAGAGGAAGGAGGCCCAAGGUCACGCUCGCCUGCCUCCUCUUGGCCACAGCAGGCUGCCUGGCUGGCUUGAACGAGGUCCCUCAGGUCACGGUCCAGCCUUCUUCCACUGUCCAGAAGCUCGGAGGAACUGUGAUCCUCGGCUGUGUGGUGGAACCCCCCUGGAUGAACACGACGUGGCGCCUGAAUGGGAAGGAGCUGAAUGGGUCUGACGACGCUCUGGGUGUCCUCAUCACCCGCGGGACCCUCGUCAUCACUGCCCUCAACAACCACACCGUGGGACGGUACCAGUGUGUGGCCCGGAUGCCUGCAGGGGCCGUGGCCAGCGUGCCAGCCACUGUGACACUAGCCAAUCUCCAGGACUUCAAGUUAGAUGUGCAGCACGUGAUUGAAGUAGAUGAGGGGAACACGGCAGUCAUUGCGUGCCACCUUCCUGAGAGCCACCCCAAAGCCCAGGUCCGAUACAGUGUCAAACAAGAGUGGCUGGAGGCGUCCAGAGAUAACUACCUGAUCAUGCCGUCAGGGAACCUCCAGAUCGUGAACGCCAGCCAGGAGGACGAGGGAAUGUACAAGUGUGCCGCCUACAACCCAGUGACCCAGGAAGUGAAAACCUCGGGCUCCAGCGACAGGCUGCGUGUGCGCCGCUCCACUGCCGAGGCUGCCCGCAUCAUCUACCCCCCAGAGGCCCAGACCAUCAUUGUCACCAAAGGCCAAAGUCUCAUCCUGGAGUGUGUGGCCAGUGGGAUCCCACCCCCGCGGGUCACCUGGGCCAAGGACGGGUCCAGUGUCGCUGGCUACAACAAGACCCGCUUCCUGCUGAGCAAUCUCCUCAUCGACACCACCAGCGAGGAGGACUCGGGGACCUAUCGCUGCAUGGCCGACAACGGGGUUGGGGAGCCCGGGGCAGCGGUCAUCCUCUACAAUGUCCAGGUGUUCGAACCCCCCGAGGUCACCAUGGAGCUGUCCCAGCUGGUCAUCCCAUGGGGCCAGAGCGCCAAGCUCACCUGUGAGGUGCGCGGGAACCCCCCACCCUCGGUGCUGUGGCUGAGGAAUGCCGUGCCCCUCACCUCCAGCCAGCGCCUCCGCCUGUCCCGGCGGGCCCUGCGGGUGGUCAGCGUGGGGCCUGAGGACGAAGGCGUCUACCAGUGUAUGGCCGAGAACGAGGUCGGGAGCGCCCACGCCGUGGUCCAGCUGAGGACUGCCAGGCCAGGCACAACCCUGAGGCCAUGGCGGGAUGCUAAGCCGGACACUGCCACAUCUCCCAUGCCGCCCUCCAGGCCCGGAAGCCCUGACCAGAUGCUGAGGGGGCGCGUGGAGCUCCCCAGGCCCCCGACGUCAGCGCGGCCAGCUUCCCCGCCGUGCCCUGGAGAGAAGGGGCAGGUGGCUCCCGCCGAGGCGCCCAUCAUCCUCAGCUCGCCCCGGACCUCCAAGACCGACUCGUACGAGCUGGUGUGGCGGCCUCGGCAUGAGGGGGGCAGCCAGGCGCCGAUCCUCUACUACGUGGUCAAACACCGCAAGGUCACAAACUCCUCUGACGAUUGGACCAUCUCUGGCAUUCCAGCCCACCAGCACCGCCUGACCCUCACCAGACUCGACCCCGGGAGCUUGUAUGAAGUGGAGAUGGCAGCUUACAAUUGUGCGGGCGAAGGCCAGACGGCCAUGGUGACCUUCCGAACUGGACGGCGGCCCAAACCUGAAAUCAUGGCCAGCAAGGAGCAGCAGAUCCAGAGAGAUGACCCUGGAGCCAGCCCCCAGAGCAGCAGCCAGCCAGACCAUGGCCGCCUCUCCCCCCCAGAAGCCCCGGACAGGCCCACUAUCUCCAUGGCCUCUGAGACAUCUGUGUAUGUGACCUGGAUUCCCCGUGGGAAUGGUGGCUUCCCGAUCCAGUCCUUCCGUGUGGAGUACAAGAAGCUAAAGAAAGUCGGGGACUGGAUUCUGGCCACCAGCGCCAUCCCUCCCUCCCGGCUCUCGGUGGAGAUCACUGGCCUAGAGAAAGGCACCUCCUACAAGUUCCGAGUCCGGGCUCUGAACAUGCUGGGGGAGAGUGAGCCCAGCGCCCCCUCCCGGCCCUACGUGGUGUCGGGCUACAGCGGCCGCGUGUAUGAGAGGCCUGUGGCAGGCCCCUACAUCACCUUCACCGACGCUGUCAACGAGACCACCAUCAUGCUCAAGUGGAUGUAUAUUCCAGCAAGUAACAACAACACCCCAAUCCAUGGCUUUUAUAUCUAUUAUCGACCCACAGACAGUGACAAUGAUAGUGACUACAAGAAGGAUAUGGUGGAAGGGGAUAGAUACUGGCACUCCAUCAGCCACCUGCAGCCAGAGACUUCCUACGACAUUAAGAUGCAGUGCUUCAACGAAGGAGGGGAGAGCGAGUUCAGCAACGUGAUGAUCUGUGAAACCAAAGCUCGGAAGUCUUCUGGUCAGCCUGGGCGACUCCCACCCCCAACUCUGGCCCUACCUCAGCCGCCACCCCCUGAAACCAUAGAGCGGCCGGUGGGCACCGGGGCCAUGGUGGCACGCUCCAGCGACCUGCCCUACCUGAUUGUCGGGGUCGUCCUGGGCUCUAUCGUCCUCAUCAUCGUCGCCUUCAUCCCCUUCUGCUUGUGGAGGGCCUGGUCUAAGCAAAAACAUACAACAGACCUGGGGUUUCCUCGAAGUGCCCUUCUGUCCUCCUCCUGUCAAUAUACUAUGGUUCCACUGGGAGGACUCCCAGGCCACCGAACCAACGGGCAGCCCUACCUCAGUGGCACCAGUGGACGGGCCUGUGCCAAUGGGCUACAUGUGAACAGGGGCUGCCCUGCAGCUGCCAUGGGCUACCCAGGCAUGAAACCGCAGCAACACUGCCCGGGGGAGCUUCCACAGCAGGAAGAUACCAACAGCCUUCUGAGGCAGACCAUUCUUGGCAAUGGAUACGACACCCAUAGUCAUCAGAUUCCCAGGGGUCCCCACUCUAACCCGGACGAGGGCUCUUUCUUAUACACACUACCGGAUGACUCAACUCACCAGCUGCUCCAGACCCACCAGGACUGCCUCCAACUCCAGGAACAGCCUGCUGCCACGGGCCAGUCAAGAAUGAGAAGUGUACCCCAGAAUCCUGGGCUGGAAGCAACGUGGGACCCUCUUUUUCACCCAGGGCCCCCUUGCUGCUUGGGCCUUGUACCAGUUGAAGAGGUGGACAGUCCUGACUCUUGCCAAAUGGGUGGAGGAGACUGGUGUCCCCAGCACCCCACGGGGGCUUACAGAGGGCAGGAACUUGGGCUGCGGCUCUCCCCCGGCCCGCCAGUGCACGUGUCUUUUGAAACACCACCUCCUACAGUUUAGGCAGAGGCCGAUAUUCCAGAAAGACUAUAUUUGUUUUAAAAAAGAGGCAGAGAAAAUGGUAUUUAUUUUUCUAUAAUGGCCAUAUUUAUAUAUUUAUGCACUUGUAAAUAAAUGUAUAUGUUUUUAUAAUUCCGGAGAGACAUGGGGACUCCUCCCCACUGAGGUAUGAGAAGGAAGACAAGCCGCAACACAGCAGGAGUCGACCCGGAAGGAGUAACAAGCUGGCCGGAGCGCAGGCCGCGCAGUCAGCUCCUUGCUGAGAGCCUCUGCCAGCGCCUGGGAGGCUGCCAGAGGCCCGCAGACAAGCUGCUGAGGGGAACAAUCCCCAGCACGCUGUCUGUGAUGAUCUGAGGGAAAUGCAAGGGCCACAGGCUGGAGACACCCGUGAAGAUGGCUGGAUCUGGUGCUACAGGAAACGUUUGCA